AUGAACAACAAUAGUACGAAUGGUAACACAUUGGAAUAUUUCAGUGACGAUGAGAAACCUGUAUUUUAUGAUUUUGUACAUGGGCUUUAUAUUUACGUUAUACCUAUGAUAGUGGUAAUUGGUAUGAUCUGUAAUGUUUUAUCGUUUAAAGUGUUUGUGUUUACCAGCUUUAGUCGCCAUCCAUCUAGCAUUUUCCUGGCAUUACUGAGUGUUUCAGAUACUUUCUUUCUACUUGCAUUGAUAUUUACAUGGAUGGGAACCUUGCCGAAAGCAAGAAUUAACACUGAUGGAUUGUGUUUAGUAACUAUAUACAUAACGUACGUCCCAAGUUUCCUCUCUGUUUGGUGUGUUGUUUUGAUCAUGCUUGACAGAUUUAUCGUAAUAUGUUUUCCGUUACGACGACCACGGGUAUGCUCAAACAAAAUGGCAAAGUGCACUGGCAUUGCCAUUACAGUAUUUUCGAUCUUGAUCUAUAGCCAUUGUUUCUUGACCAUCGAGGUUGUACCUGUGAUUGGCUCUAGAGUUAAACAGGAGUAUUUUAGGUUCUUGGCAUUGGUAACUUAUAUAGAUACUGCCAUUACGUUCAUCAUUCCUUUUAUAGCCAUUUUUGUUUUAAAUAUAUAUGUAAUUGUGAUAAUACGGGAAUUUAACUUCAAACAUGCAAACCCGCGGGUCGUCAAAUAUUAUUCUCCGACAUACAAUGUCUUGUCUGUGGCUCAAAUGAGAUUGACGGUAAUGUUGACUAUUGUAUCAAUUGUAUUUUUGGUUCUCAACUUACCAAGCCAUGCUAUCAGAUUCUAUAUAAUAGUUAAUGAUUUAAUCGCAAACAACGAUAUGAUAUUAUUUUUAGCUCAACAGUUCUGUCAGAUUGUGUAUUAUGUACACUUUUCCAUUAACUUUACCAUUUACUUUGUGUCCAGUAAUACAUUCCGCAGAUGCAUUAAAGAAAGAGUAAGGUGUAUGCGAUAUAAAUGA